AGACGGAAGCCGAGGCAGGUUAGGAUUUUUACACGGAUUUUUAGCAAGACAGACACCUAAUACUCAGGGCAUUAAAUUUACUAUUUUGCCGAACUAAAGUAGACAUUUAAAGGUGCAACAGAGAAAUGGAGGAAAUAAAGACGGAACCUGUGGAUUUUGUGAAGGAAUUUCAAGAAUACCUGACCCAGCAAACUCAUCAUGUCAACAUGAUUUCAGGCUCUGUUUGUGGAGGGAAAGAGACGACGGAGCAGUUUCGAGAUGUUCCUCCCAGAUGUGUGCAGACUGGGCUGGAGCCUCCGUCUGUGGAGGUCAGCCUGUCGGUGGUGGACGGAUCAGAUGUGCAGAUGGAGGGACUGGAAAGGACUUGUGAUGGAAAAUACAAGUGCAGAUACUGCAGCUAUGCUAACAAAGGCAUGGGUCGUGUAAUUGAGCAUAUCCGCAUCCACACAGGAGAAAAGCCUCACAGAUGCCAGCUGUGCCCAUUUGCGUCUGCGUAUGAGCGCCACUUGGAAGCCCACAUGCGCUCACACACAGGGGAGAAACCGUACAAGUGUGACCUCUGUGCUUUCCGAUGUAGCGAUCGCAGUAACCUCUCACACCACCGUCGUCGUCGCCACAAGCUCCUGCCCACAAGAGCCGCCCGCUCUCCUUUUUCCAACAAACGAAUGCUGAGCACUCUGCAGAAAAGGACAGGCUCGCUGGGCUUUGGCCGACGGCUCCUCCUCAACUUCAACUCUCCCUCAAUGUUGAUGUCAAAACCCGAUUAUCUGAACGACUUAUCCCACAAGAUUCACCAUUUGAACAGUUCUGAGAUCAAGAAUCUUCCAAAGGUGGAUGAGAUUAGGGGUGUUAAUUGUUCGACUUUUAAGACCCCCCUUGACCAGUUGUCUACACUCGCCAGCCACCUUCACGCAGAGUCUCAUACAGCCAUGUCUCCUGAUAGGGAGUCUUUAAAAGACGAGAAACCAAUCCUUAUUCACAAUGUUUCUAGUGAACAAGUUGCGGUGUGUUUAAAUGGGGCACACAUGUCGUCACCUCUAGAAACAUGUCCCGCAUCAGCUCAGGAGAGUUGCAGUCCUGUUCCCCAUCUUGGCUUGAAAGACAACAUGGAUCCCACUGCUGAAGGGAUAUGUAGCAGUCAACCUAGCAUACCUACUCCUACCUCGACUCCAACAGACCAGCCUCUUACAUAUAAAUGCCAACACUGUGAAAUUUGCUUUUCUGAUAAUAUACUCUACACUAUUCAUAUGGGUUGCCAUGGAUACGACCAUCCAUUUCAGUGCAACAUCUGUGGUCAUAUGUGCAUGGACAAAUAUGACUUUGCAUGCCAUUUUGCUCGUGGUCAGCAUAAGAAAUGAUACUCUGCAGGCUAUUUUCCGCCUGUUUUGACAGAUUUAGCUUGACUAAGGGAAACAUAAGUAUGGAGCCCUAGACAUGACAUAAAGCUUGAUUCUUAAGUGAUUGAGAUCGGUUCAGAACCUUUUCAUGGGAUACAAUAAAACAUUUUUUGUAAUGUUUCCCCUCACUACUGAAAUGUUAUAUUAUCAAUAAUAUAAUUAUAUAGGAAAAGAGAAGUUCAUUUAAAAGCACCUGUGUGAAAUACACAGCUUUAAACCCCGAUGGAUCCUGUAAAACAGUUUAAUCUGCCCCUAAAGUUGAAAUGAAAAGGUAUUCCUCCGUGUUUUAUAAAGUGUUGUGCAGCUCUCGUGUUGUUUUUCACCAACCUUUUUUGUUGAGUUCAGACCAACUUGUAAGUCUCUCUUUAACAAGCCACCUGUGCAGUUUUACAUCUUCAGUGUAGUACCUAAAACUGAUCCAAAGUCUACAAACUCUAAUAAAACCUCAAUAGUACGAAUUAAUUUCUUACACAACCUCUUAAGUUUAUUUUGUUUGCACAAUGUGUCAUGUUUUUGUGUACGCCUUGUUCUAAACCUUGUAUGAUCAUUGCAUAUCUGCAUUAUUUCUGUUGAACUUAUACACAUGUUGCUAUAUAGAUUUUUAAAGUUUCACUGCCAGUAUUAAACAAUGACAUGACACGUC